AUGUCCGGGGUGAAUGUAGAAACCGAAGGAGAGAGGAGUUCCAACCGGGAACGCCUUGAUAUGCUUGAGGGGCAUACAUCUAAGAUCAUGGACAUUCUUGGUGAGGUCAACACUAACAUGACCGAACUAAGGAUGGCCUUGAAUGCCACCUCUCGGGAUAGCAUUGAGAGUAGAAGAUCCUUAGAUUCUAUACGGAGAGAGAACCAUGAGAGCAUAGAAAGGUUGGAGAGAAGACUUGUUGAAGACCAAGGGCAACGCCAUGAGACUAAUGGACAAAAGCAUGAUGCUUUUGUUGAUGGUGUAGAAACAAGUGUGACCAAAUCCAUGCAUGUGCCACCUAGAGAUGAGUUGAGAAGAGGAGGUCGUGUUGAGAACAACCAUGUGGCCGUGGAGAGAUGGAUCCAUGAUGAGGGGAAUCGUACUAGAUCCCCAACCAUGAGAGGAGAACCACAUGGGGUGAGGUAUGAGAUCCCAAGGCAUGAGAAUGGCCAUGAGGCCAAGUAUGAGCAUGAUAGAGAGAGGCCUUUGGGCCAUGAUAACCGGUAUGAGAGAAGACACUAUGACCGUGAGAGAGAUGGAGGACAUCAUGGUAGAAGAGAUGGUGAUGGUCACCAUUAUGACGAGAGAGUUGGAAACCGGACUUAUGACCGGAGACCAAAGAGACCCAAGGUGGACUUCCCUAAGUUCAAUGGGGGGGAUCCAUAUGAGUGGUUGGAUAAGGUGGAUCACUAUUUUCGGGUGUAUGAUGUGCCAAGAAGAGAAAGAGUGUCUACGGCUUGUUUUUAUCUAGAGGGAAGAGCAAGCAAAUGGUAG